GCACUUGUUACAUUUAAAUACGAACGAUUGGUAGAGAAUCGUGUUGACAUCCAUUUACCAUGGAGAUGCACUCUCGUAUUACCAACAAUUGACCGAGGGAUCACUCUGAAAUAUAGCUUUAGCAAACUAAAAUGUAUUUUCUUCAAAUAAACGGGAAAUCUCAUUUAGAGGUCCUAUCACUAUGUUAAUAUGGAGAUUCAUUGGUUUUUCUUCACAUAGACUUUAUGCACACCGUAAAUUACGAAAAAGAGUGUCAAGUCGGUGUAGGAAUGUGGCACUUCAAAAUGGCUGCCAGUCACUUUAGUAAUUUACGGCUCUAUCUUUCUUUGUUAUCGCUUGUAUAAUUACGACGGUGGAUCAAGAAAGAGAACAUUUGAAUUAAUCCAAAAAUAGUGUAUCAUACGUUCAACAGGCACAUUAUAGUCGUUAAAUGGAUCUUAGAAAAACGUGAGAACGGAAUAUGCUCAGGAAUCACAUUCUCGUCACCAUUGCUUUAAAAGAACUUACUUGAAGUAUUUCUUUGGCGAACACCUUAAUUGUGUGUUGAAUAAAGUGUUUAAGAACGACAGAUUAUAUAUAGAGAGAAUUUAUAAUCGAUUAAAUAGCACCUAUAUAGAAUAGGUUAAGCUUGGAGAUGAGCCCUAUCAUGUACGAGAAUACGAUGAGCACUUCUUGAAAAUUUUGUGUACACCGAUGUUUUAUUAUAGUUCUUGCAAUUUCGCACAUAAAACAUGCACGAAAUUGUAAGCCAUUCGAUGUGUUGCAUCCAACCCUUUGUGUAUUGUGGAUCGCUAGACUAUAUAUCGUUUCUACUACCAUGACAGCCCAGAGCAUCUAUGCAAAAGUACAUUAACAUCGAUCCUGUUCUAUAUAUAUAUGCCACAGCCAGAUUAAAGCUAGGUCCCUAAGGACCUAGCAUGGGCCACUAUGAAUCCACCUGCGGUCAGCAAAUCGAGCACUCGUGGCUCUGGAUACCAUCAAAAAGCACUAGCUGAAAUCCGCAAUUCUUUACUACCAUUUGCAAAUAUUGGAGGAGCUGGAGAAGUUGGUUCCAGUGCAGCCAGUACAAUAUCAACUUUAUCCACAACUAGUGGUAUCAGUUCAGCAUCCGGUCUCAGUGGUCUUUCAGCUGCAUCUGGGUGCACAGAUAAACCUGAUCAACGGCAGGCAUUAGCACAGUUAUUAGCUAUGGGAUACUCAGAGGAAAUAGGGUUGCGUGCCCUUAAACUCGCAGGAUGGCGCUUAGAUGGAGCAAUAGAGUUUUUAAAACAAGCACAAGGAGAAUCUCUUAAUGGUCUUGGUAAACUUAAUACCAAGCUGAUAAGAAAGCCAAGCUUAGAAAGGGAGCUAAGUCUCCAAAGAGGAAGCCCUGCAUUAGAUAGUGGUGCAGGAAGUUCACGAUCUGACAGCCCACGUUUGACAGAACUUAGUCCACAUCCACAAUUAAGUCGACAAUAUUCACCAAGCAAUUUUGUAGAACGUGAACCACCUCCACCACCUCCUCCAAGAUGUAGUUCUACACCGCCACCGCCACCACCACCUCAUGCUCCAUAUAGUCAACCAAAUGUACCAAGUAAUAUGCAGCAGAUGCUCAAGCGAAUGUCUCCCGCUCCAGUUGUACCGACACGACCUCCUCCAUCAGCACCUGGUAAUUCUGGAUCUACAUCAGGAUCAGGAAAUCCACCUCAAAGGGGUACAAGCCCUGUAGCAUCGUCUAAUAGUAAUACUAAUAGCCGCCAACCAAUGAUUGUUCAGAAUGGUCCACAAGUACAACAACAAUUAUCUCAACAAAUGCAAGCACUCAGUAUCUAUCAAGCAUGCGAUAGAAAUUCAAGUACGCAGGUUGAACCUCCGCCUCCUUAUCCAAUAGUCCCGUCAUCAUCGUCUGGUCCUGUUCAACCACCAUCUUACAGUGCUUCUAUGCAAAAUAGACAAAGUCCCACACAAUCUCAACAAGACUAUCGAAAAAGUCCAUCAUCUGGUAUAUACUCUGGUCCAACAUCAGCUGGAUCACCAAGUCCUAUUACUGUGUCCACUAUAUCUCCGAGUACACAGGGAUCCAUGGCUAGACCUACACCAUUACAGGCUUGGGGAGCACGUCAAGCUAAAACUCAACCACCUAUUAUUAUGCAAUCUGUUAAAAGUACUCAAGUACAAAAACCUGUUCUACAAACAGCCAUUGCUCCAACGUCUCCUCAACCAAUUUGUACAACUAGUAAUACACCACCACCUCCUCCAUCUUAUGCUUCAUCGAUUCAACAGAAACAACAGCAACAACAACCACCGCCAGCAUACCCUCCUGUCAAUAAUACUGGUACUGCACCAUCAAGUUCUGUAAGUGUAGGUGUUUCAGUAGGUGUGCCAACAACAGAACCUCCUAGUUAUGCUACAACAAUGCAAGCAUUAGCAGCACAACGUGGCAUACAUCAUCCACUUCCUCCCCCUCCUUACGGAACAGCCACAGAAGAUACAUCUGGGAUUUCUACAGUAGAAAGUAAUUCAGCACCUCGAUCUUCUCCAAUCGCUCAUCAUCCUCCAUUACAAAGAAAAUAUUCACCAGUGGACAAUUGUCCACAUUCAGUGGAGACACCACCUUUACCUCCAGUAGCAUCGACCUCUGUAUCAGCAAGAAAUAAUAACAAUCACUCAUCUUUACCAGAUGGAAAUGGAGGAAAAGGAGGAAGUGCACCGUCAUCUUAUAAAAUUAAACAUCAAUCUCCUAUUCCUGAACGAAAGCAUAUGAGUAAAGAAAAAGAAGAAGAACGUAGGGAUUGUAAAGUUCGUAAUUAUUCUCCUCAAGCAUUCAAAUUUUUUAUGGAACAACAUGUUGAAAAUGUACUGAAAUCUCAUAAACAACGCUUAUAUCGACGUCUUCAGUUAGAAACAGAAAUGGCUAAAAUAGGCCUAAGUGCAGAAGCACAGUGUCAAAUGAGAAAGAUGUUAUCACAAAAGGAAUCUAAUUACAUUAGAUUAAAACGGGCAAAAAUGGAUAAAUCUAUGUUUACAAAAAUAAAACCUAUUGGUGUUGGUGCUUUUGGAGAGGUAACACUUGUAAGAAAGCUUGAUACUAAUCAAUUUUAUGCAAUGAAAACAUUACGCAAAGCUGACGUACUGAAUAGAAACCAGGUUGCUCAUGUUAAAGCUGAACGUGACAUUCUAGCAGAAGCUGAUAAUGAAUGGGUCGUUAAAUUAUAUUAUUCGUUUCAAGAUAAGGAUAAUCUUUAUUUUGUGAUGGACUAUAUACCAGGAGGAGACUUGAUGUCUUUACUUAUUAAAUUUGGUAUUUUUAAAGAACCAUUAGCAAGGUUUUACAUCGCUGAACUUACAUGUGCAGUUGAAAGUGUUCACAAAAUGGGAUUCAUUCAUAGAGACAUUAAACCAGAUAAUAUUUUAAUUGAUCGCGAUGGACAUAUAAAACUGACAGACUUUGGACUCUGUACAGGAUUUCGCUGGACUCAUAAUUCUAAAUAUUACCAGCAAAAUGGUCAUGGUAAACAAGAUUCAAUGGAUCCAGCUGACGAUUGGAACAAUGAGUGUCGCUGUAUUCAAUUAAAACCAUUGGAACGCAGGAGACAUAGAGAACAUCAAAGAUGUUUGGCACAUUCACUAGUUGGAACACCAAAUUAUAUUGCGCCAGAAGUGUUACAACGCACAGGAUAUACUCAGUUAUGUGACUGGUGGAGUGUGGGUGUAAUUUUAUAUGAAAUGCUAGUUGGUUCUCCACCUUUUCUUGCCAAUACACCAGCUGAGACUCAAUACAAGGUCAUUAAUUGGGAGACCACACUUCAUAUCCCUAAACAAGCAAAUCUAUCGCCUGAAGGUAUGGAUUUAAUAUUAAAACUUUGCGUUGGCGCAGAUCGUCGAUUAGGUAAAAAUGCAGAUGAAGUCAAGAGUCAUCCAUUUUUUGCAAGUAUUGAUUUUGAAAAAGGGCUACGCCGACAGGUAGCACCUCACAUACCUCGCAUUCAAUAUCCUACAGAUACAAGUAAUUUUGAUCCUGUGGAUCCUGACAAGUUAAGAAAUUCUGAAUCCUCAGAUUCUAAUAAGUCAGACGAAUUAUUAGAUAAUGGAAAACCAUUUCACGGUUUCUUUGAAUUCACAUUUAGGCGCUUUUUUGAUGAUGGUGGUGGUCCUGCAUAUCCUAGUCGAAUAAGUUUGGAUGAUAAUGAUAAUCAAGGUCCUGUUUACGUAUGACAGUAGGUUAGUUAAAAGAAAACGAAAAAAAAAAAAACAAAUCAUAAAUCUCAUCAGAUAUCAAAAUUAUUGGUGUCUUAAAAACUGCAACCAGUAUCAUAUCUUUCUAAAGUUUUUUUCAGCAUUGUGUGGUUAACUAAAUUACACGAAGUCGCAAUUUUUUUUCAACUUAUAGAUAUAUGAAUACGAACGUAUCGUACUAUAUAGUUAGAAAAAAGAAAAUAUUACAUUAAAGAAAGUACACAUAUUAGAUUAGUGUAUUUUUUGUCAUUAUUACAGAUUUUUAUAUUUUAGAACUGAUUAUAAUUGUUUUCAUGCUUUGUUAGCGCGACUGUACUUCUCGAAUAGUACUAUAUUUGACUUAAAUCAUUAAACUUUCACAUAUCUGCAAAACUGUCCACUACACAUUGUUGUGUUUCUAUGGAAUCACAAAUUAUUAUGGGCAUUUGUAUGAAAUCUAAAUUUUGUAUGUUUAUUGCGUCUUAAAUAAUGCCCUAUAUAAUAUAGCUUGAGUGAUCAGGAUCGUUUUCUAUUCCAUAACGUGCGAUUAUAACAUAUGGCUAAGAAAAAAGGCAGGGUAACUUUAAUGGCACAAGUUUACCUUGAUACAAUAAUGGCCAAUAGACACGAAGGGGUAGAAAUAAAAUGAUUAAUGGCUAGGCAAUAUAUUCUCAUGGAGCAUGUUUUUGCAAAUAUUUUGCUUGCCAUUUAUUUUCAUUUAGAUUGGCUUCAUAUCAGAAAGUACGUGUUUAGUACGUUUCAACGAGUACUGUGAUAUUGCAGAUAAUAAUAAUAAGAGUUAUACGGCUUUUAAAUAUAUUGGUCCUAUUUAACAUUUUCUUUUAUAUCAAAUGCUAUGUCGAAUAUAAUUAUAAAUAAUGAUAAUAAUAAUUAUUAUUAAACUAUUAAUUAUUAUACUGUAUAGAUUUGUGAAUGGAUGUAAUGUGUUCAUUGCGUAUUAUGCAGCUUUUAAUUGUCUAAACAUUUUUUAAUAUCUUCAUAUGCUAAGAAAUAUUAUUGAUGAAUUGUUACACUAUAUACAUUACAUACAUAUUUCUUAUAAACCUAAUUCCCUGGAAUAUAAUUUUCGGAAUUAUUGUUAUUUAAAAGCAAAAGGGAAAAUCGUUAAUGAAGAAGUCGUAUAUUAUUUUGCACAAUGAAACUUUGAAAUCGAAAAUUUAAAAUUAAAUAAAGGUAACUCGACUUUUGUAAAAUACUUGUAACUAAUUACAUUGCUGGCACAGUAUCGUUUUUAUAGUCAAGUUGCCAUUGUUUAUAAAGAAACAAUUACAAUAAGAAUGUUAACAAUAGAAAAAAACUUGUAUAUAUGUAUGUAUAUAUAUAUAUUAUUCUAUGAAAUGAUUUAUUUUAAUCUUUGUCUUAUCGAAAGUGAGUCCAAAAUCAGAUAUAUUUUGUUAUCUAUUUCUUUCAAGCUGCAAAAAUCACUAUUAUUUAUGUAAUGGCAAUGGUGUACCUUACAGCAUUAAAAAGUGCCUUCUUUAAAUAAUCUUGUAUUCAGGAUUAAAAUAUUCUCUUCAAAA